GAGCGGAACCCGCCUUUGGCCGAGGCGCUGCUGAGCGGAGACCUGGAGAAAUUCACCAGGGUGUUGCUGGAGCAGCAGCAGGACCGAGCCCGGCGGGAGCAGGAGAGGAUCCGGCUCUAUUCAGCUGACCCUUUUGAUCUUGAGGCACAGGCCAAGAUAGAAGAAGACAUAAGGCAACAAAACAUUGAAGAAAAUAUGACGAUAGCAAUGGAAGAGGCUCCUGAGAGCUUUGGGCAGGUGGUGAUGUUGUACAUUAACUGCAAAGUCAACGGACAUCCAGUGAAAGCCUUUGUUGACUCAGGUGCCCAGAUGACCAUCAUGAGCCAAGCUUGUGCUGAAAGGUGCAACAUCAUGAGGCUGGUAGAUCGACGAUGGGCUGGCAUUGCUAAAGGUGUAGGGACACAGAAAAUCAUUGGCAGAGUGCACUUAGCUCAGGUCCAGAUUGAAGGGGAUUUCCUGGCAUGUUCCUUCUCAAUCCUUGAAGAGCAGCCCAUGGACAUGCUUCUAGGACUGGAUAUGCUUAAGAGGCAUCAGUGCUCCAUUGAUCUCAAGAAGAAUGUACUGGUGAUUGGCACGACGGGCUCACAGACCACGUUCCUCCCAGAGGGCGAGCUCCCGGAGUGCGCCCGGCUGGCGUAUGGGGCUGGGCGGGAGGACAUGCGGCCGGAGGAGAUUGCAGACCAGGAACUAGCAGAAGCAAUACAGAAAUCCGUAGAGGAAGCAG